AUGCCUCGCCAAUUCUUUGUCGGAGGUAACUUCAAGAUGAACGGUGUCGGCGAAAGCCUCACCAACAUCGUCAACAACCUCAACUCUGCCGAGCUCGACCCUAACACCGAGGUCGUCGUCGCCCCCCCGACUCUCUACCUGCAGCUGGUUCGCCAGGCAGCCAACGAGAAGAUCGGGGUCUCUGCCCAGAAUGUCUUCGACAAGCCCAACGGUGCUUUCACCGGUGAGGUCAGCGUCGAGCAGCUCAAGGAUCUCAACAUCAAGUGGACCCUCAUCGGCCACAGCGAGCGCCGGGUGAUCCUCAAGGAAGACGACAACUUCGUCGCCCGCAAGACCAAGUCCGCCAUCGACGGAGGUCUCAGCGUGAUUCUUUGCAUCGGUGAGAGUCUCGAGGAGCGUGAGGCCAACCAGACCAUCGACGUGGUUACCCGCCAGCUCCGCGCUGUUGCUCAGUCCAUCACCAAGGAGCAGUGGUCUAAGGUUGUCAUUGCCUACGAGCCCAUCUGGGCCAUCGGUACCGGCAAGGUCGCCACCACCGAGCAGGCCCAGGAGGUCCAUGCCGCCAUCCGUGAGUGGUUGAAGACGGAUAUUUCCCCUGAGGUCGCCGAGAACACCCGCAUCAUCUACGGCGGCAGCGUCAGCGAGAAGAACUGCCGUGAUCUCGCCAAGGAGGCUGAUGUCGAUGGCUUCCUUGUCGGUGGUGCCAGUCUGAAGCCUGCCUUCGUCGAGAUUGUCAACUCUCGCGUGUAG